AUGGAUCAUGGUGGAACAGUAGUGGAACAGAGUGACAUUUCGAGUUGCCUUUUGCAGUCCUUUUUUGCAUCACACCACCAUGGCGUUAUCCAGGCCUUACCUACAACGACGAUGCCCUCCACACAUGCCUCGUCAUUCUACAAAGCCCCGGAAUACGAUACUCUCCAACUACAUGCUGGUCAAGUGCCCGAUACUGCAACCAACGCUCGCGCCGUGCCCAUCUACUCUUCCGCCAGUUUUGUUUUCGACAACUCCGCCCACGGAGCGAACCUGUUCGCUUUGAAAGACUUCGGAAAUAUAUAUUCGAGGAUAGGAAACCCUACCGUUGAUGUUUUUGAAAAGCGUGUUGCAGCUUUGGAGGGCGGGGUCGCCGCCGUUGCCACUGCUUCCGGCCAGUCGGCGCAACUAUUAGCUUUGACGACGCUGGCUGAAGUGGGUGAUAACAUUGUCGCCUCGGCACACUUGUAUGGCGGGUCCUUCAACCAGCUCAAGGUCACCUUCCGCAAAUUCGGCAUCACAGCUCGUUUUAUAGACAGUGACGACCCCAAUGAUUUCGCGGCCGCUAUUGAUGACCGAACUCGGGCGGUCUAUGUGGAGAUUAUCGCGAACGCGGAUUUUAGACUAGCAAAUGUUCAUGCGCUUGCAGAAGUCGCGCAUGCACAUCACAUUCCUCUGGUCGUCGACAACACCUUCGGAAUGUGUGGAUGGCUGGCUCGUCCACUGGAUCUUGGGGCGGACAUCGUUACAGCAAGUGCAACGAAGUGGAUUGGUGGUCAUGGAACUACCAUCGGUGGAAUUGUGGUCGAUGGUGGUAAAUUCGACUAUGCUGCCUCAAACAAGUUUCCCGCUUUCACGGAACCAGCGGAAGGAUAUCGAGGACUUGUUUUUUGUGAAGCAUUUGGACAAGCUGCAUUCGCUGUGCGGGUCAGAGUCGAGAUGUUGCGGGAUCUAGGUCCUGCACUCAAUCCUUUUGCGGCGUUUUUGCUCCUGCAAGGCCUGGAGACUCUUAGUUUAAGAGCGGCUAGACAUUGUGAAAAUGCGGCACAGUUGGCAAAGCAGGUCACCGUCUUAUCUUCUACAUGUUUUCUCUCAACCCACCCGCAUGUGGCAUGGGUAUCAUACCUCGGCCUCCCUUCCCACCCGUCACACCAGCAAGCCGUUGCAUCGUUACGACCAGGCGUGUUUGGCAGCGUACUUAACUUCGGAGUCAAGGGAGAGUCUCCGGCGCGUCAAGCAAGCAAAGUCGUCGACCUUCUCAGACUUGCAAGCAACCUUGCCAAUCUUGGCGAUGCAAAAACGCUGGUCAUCCAUCCUGCAUCGACAACCCACCAGCAGCUUUCGGAGGAGGAGCUGAAGUCGAGUGGGGUACAGGCUGAUCUUAUACGAGUCUCUGUGGGGAUAGAAGAUAUUAGCGACAUCAUUGCCGACUUUGACCAUGCAUUGAGAAUUGCAUUCGAGGCUGCGACCCCGCCGUAG